GUCACGGAGGCGCGACCGGGCCGGCGCUGGGGUAAGAAGCCUGCUGAGGGAUGCCCAAGAAGUUCCAGGGUGAGAACACCAAGUCGGCAGCGGCCCGGGCACGGAGGGCAGAGGCCAAGGCGGCCGCUGAUGCCAAGAAGCAGAAGGAGCUGGAGGAUGCCUACUGGAAGGACGACGACAAACACGUCAUGAGGAAGGAGCAGCGCAAGGAGGAGAAGGAGAAGCGGCGCCUCGACCAGCUGGAACGUAAGAAGGAGACGCAGCGCCUGCUGGAGGAGGAGGACUCCAAGCUCAAGGGCGGCAAGGCGCCGCGGGUGGCCACGUCCAGCAAGGUCACCCGGGCCCAGAUCGAGGACACGCUGCGCCGAGACCAUCAGCUCAGGGAGGCCCCGGACACAGCCGAGAAAGCCAAGAGCCAUCUGGAGGUGCCGCUGGAGGAGAACGUGAACCGCCGCGUGCUGGAGGAGGGCAGCGUGGAGGCGCGCACCAUCGAGGACGCCAUUGCGGUGCUCAGCGUGGCGGAGGAGGCGGCCGACCGGCACCCAGAAAGACGCAUGCGGGCAGCCUUCACUGCCUUUGAGGAAGCCCAGCUGCCGCGGCUCAAACAAGAGAACCCCAACAUGCGGCUGUCGCAGCUGAAACAGCUGCUCAAGAAGGAGUGGCUCCGCUCUCCUGACAACCCCAUGAACCAGCGGGCCGUGCCCUUCAAUGCCCCCAAGUGAGCCCAGAACUUGGGGAGCCAGUUCACCCACGGGUGGUCCAGGUCACGACUCUGCACGCUCUUAGACCAGGUCAGCUGCGAGGGUCACAGAGCGUUCCGGGGGCCAAGGCGCCGGGCCCCGGGGCCAUGCUCUUAUCACCAGCCACCCGUCCUCCCGCCAGAGGGUCCCUGCCCCGAGUGACACCCCAUCCCCUCCCAUCCCCCAGCGCGUGUGUGUAGAACCUCAGGGCUGAGCGCCCAAUAAAGGUGGCGGCAAGGCUGCGGUGAGGCA